GGGCCACCCGCAAAUAGCCCCCGAUCACACACGCGGCGCAGCGUUCCCCGCCAUGGCCGCCACCUCCCUCGCCGCCGCUUCGCGCUGCCACCGCCACCACAUCCUCCUCCCCGCUCUCGCCAGCCCCGGCUGCUUCAACCACAGAACCCCCAACCGAAGACGCAUCUGCCCCGCCUUCCCGUCCGUUCUCUGCUCCUCCUCCUCCUCUGCUUCUCCCCAGCCCACGGCCGGCGGCGAGGAGGAGGCGGAGGAUGGGGAAGAGGGGCGCGGGAGGAGGCUUUCGAAGCAGUCCUCGUGGGAGGCCACGGAUGGUCAGGGCGACGACUACCUCUACCGCCUCGGGAAGGAGGCCGACAACAUGAACAUCGCCGUCGGCGCCCGCAGCGGCAUCGUCGACGACCUCUUCGUCGGCAAAUUCCUCGGAAGAGACUCGGAUAUUGUGUUCGAUUACCGCCAGAAGGCGACGAGGAAAUUUGAGUAUCUGCAGGGAGAUUACUACAUCGCGCCUGCCUUCCUCGAUAAAGUUGCGGUCCACAUUGUAAAGAACUUCCUUGCAAAUAAUCUUAAUAUCAAGAUUCCCCUUAUACUUGGUGUCUGGGGUGGCAAGGGGCAAGGGAAAACAUUCCAGACUGAACUUAUAUUUAAAGCAAUGGGUGUUGAGCCUGUUAUUAUGUCUGCUGGAGAACUCGAAUCUGAGAGAGCAGGAGAACCUGGAAGGCUUAUACGUGAUCGAUACAGAACGGCCUCUCAAGUAGUUCAAAACCAAGGGAAAAUGAGCUGUCUGAUGAUCAAUGACCUAGAUGCUGGUCUUGGAAGAUUUGGACACACACAAAUGACGGUCAAUAAUCAAAUCGUGGUUGGAACAUUGAUGAACUUGGCAGAUAAUCCUAACAGGGUUAGUAUCGGGCAGAAAUGGAGAGAAUCUGAUAUAACACAUAGAAUUCCAAUAAUAGCAACUGGAAAUGAUUUUUCAACACUAUAUGCUCCUUUGAUUCGUGAUGGGAGGAUGGAAAAGUUCUACUGGCAGCCCACCCGUGAAGAUAUAAUUAACAUUGUUCACCGUAUGUAUACAAAGGAUGGGUUAUCUUUUGAGGAAGUUUCAAGCAUUGUAGAUACAUUUCCAAAUCAAGCUCUCGACUUUUAUGGAGCUUUGAGAUCCAGGACAUAUGACCAGGCUAUCUUGCAGUGGGUAAAUGACAUUGGUGGUUAUGAGCAACUAGGUGAAAAGCUUCUCAAGCGGAAGAACAGAGAGAAGCUUCCGACAUUUAUCCCUCCGAAGCCAACACUGGAUGCACUGAUUCAGUCAGGGAACUCUCUGGUAGAAGAGCAAGCAUUCGUGAUGAAUUCGAACUUGUCGAAAGAAUAUAUGAAGAACUUGGAGGACUAGUUCGAAGCGCCAAAAGAUAAAGUAUAAAAAGCUACUCUAGUAGCCUACAUCAACCCAAGCCAAGUAUUCUUGUUACUUUCAAUUUUCUGUAAAUUAUACUGGUCCUCCUACAUUUUGCCCGUGUCUCUCUGCGGAUGAGCUGCAUGUGCAAGUAUAUACUCCCUCCGUUAGUUAAUUUCAUCUUGGUUUCUUUUAUUUGUUUCCCUUUGCUGCUAAAACCACGACACUUUUUGGAACGGAGGGAGUAACAUACUCCAUAUUGUAAAAAAGCACAUGAAAAUAUAUAUACAGUUGCAAAUGUCAUCUCCGUUUC